CGUGUCGAGUCGCGACACUACACGGACACUUUCUUAAAAUUCAACAACAUUUCGUGUCCGAGACAGUCCCUGGUUUUUUUUCUUAAAUUGCCCAUAUAAAUCAAAACUAAUAAUUAUUGUAAUUACAUCAACUUAACGGGAUCUGUAUUUUUAUGAAAAUAUAUUUUUUCCCCUUCUUUAGUUCGUUACGGCCUCGCUUCAUGAUUCUCACCUAGAAAGUAACUCUCAGUUGUCUAUACAUACUUCAAUAGAAUGCAGUAUAUUGCAUUCGGAUGCAAUGGUUUAUAAAACAUAUUUUUAGCAAAAAAAAAAAAAACGCAGAAAAUUUCGCGUAUUUUUAAUAAUUUUUUUUUAUAAAAAAACAAUUAAAUUAAAAUAAAAAUUUUUACUACACAGCAGAGAGAACUUAAAAAAAAGUGACAUCAACUUCAGUUUGUAUAUGAAAUGCCUAUCAAAUUUCUUAUUAAUCUAGAACAGAUUACACAGCAAACUGUACAGUGAAUUAAUUGUAAAAGGAAUAUAUUCAUCAUCAAAAAUGUAGAGAAGAAAAAUUUUUAACAAAAAAUCUUCAAUUAAAUUAUUAUUAUUAACGAUGAACUGGAAGAAAAUUAUAUUUCUAACAAGUGUUUCAUUAAUUCUCCUUUAUUAUUUAAUAUUAUUUUUUCAAUUAAUAAAGGAAAAUUUUUAUUUUCGUACUAAAUUAAAACAUGUGAAUAUAAAUAAUUUAUUUAUCAACGAUUCAUCGACAAAAACAAUUCUUUUUUGGAAUUCAAUGUUUGGUGAUAAAAAUUUUUAUUUUAAUCCCAAAAAUAAUCGUCUUGAUAAUUGUUCUUCAAAUGAAAAAAAAUGUCUAUUCACUAACAAUAGAGAUAUAAUGAAUGAAGAAUUAUUUGAUGCUAUAUUAUUUCAUGGAAUACAUGAUUUAAAUAUUAAUGAUUUACCAAUAAAAAGAUCAUUAUAUCAACAUUAUAUAUUUGUUAGUCUUGAAAGUCCAGCAAAUCGACAAGUACUUGAUUUAUUUCCAUCAAAAUAUUUUAAUUUAACAAUGAGUUAUAAUUUAAAAAGUGACAUAAUUUGGCCAUAUUCGUAUAUUAUAAAUAAAGUGAAUCAAUUAAUCGUUGCACCGAAUUUAAUAGUCAACUGGAAUACAUCGUAUGAAGAAGACAAUAAAGAAGAUGAGAAUAUGAAGAAAACAAUAAAUAAUAAAAUAAAUAUGGCAAUAUGGUUUCGAAGUAAUUGUAAUACAAAAAGUGGACGAGAAAAUUAUGUGGAAGAUUUAGAAAAUUAUAUAAACAUUGAUAAAAUUGGCAAUUGUCUAUUUGGCGAUAAAAAAUGUUCAAGAGAAAAAAAUUGCUUUGCUGAUAUUGUUGAACCAAAUUAUUAUUUCUAUCUUUCCUUUGAGAAUUCUUUAUGUCAAGAUUACGUUACUGAGAAAUUUUUCAAUGCUCUUCAAUAUAAUGUGGUACCAGUGGUUUAUGGUGCAGCAAAUUAUAGUAAUUUUGCACCACCCCAUUCCUAUAUAAAUGCAUUAGAUUUUGAUUCACCAAAAGAAUUGGCAAGCUAUUUAAUAAAUUUAUCAAAAAAUCGUUCAGAGUACGUUAAAUACUUUCGUUGGAAAAAAUAUUAUGCAGUUGAAACAUCAAAUGAUAAAGCAAUUUGUGAUUUGUGUGAUUUACUUCAUAAAACGAAUAAUGAGAAAAUUUAUAAAAAUAUUUUUGCUUGGUAUAGCGACAAUCAAUGUCCGAUACAAAAGAAAUUUAAUUUACAAAAAGAAUCAGGUGGUUUACUUUAUGUGACAAAAAAAAUAUUAAAUUAAUAUUUUAUUUACUGAUUAAUAUGAAUUUUUACUAUUAAAUAUUAUUAUUUUAAUA